AUGCCGGAGUUUCAAGUACAUACUUUUGAGAUCAAGCUCGCCAUGAUCAUAAUGCUUCAAAUGAAUGGGGUGUUGCAUGGUCUAUUCAAUGAAGAUACUAACAAGCAUUUGAUGUCUUUUAUGGAAGUAUAUGAUUCUUUCAAACAAAAUGGGGUGCCUAAAGAUGUCUUGCGCUUACGAUUGUUUCCAAUUUCUAUACAAGAUAAGGCUAAAGAAUGGUUCAAAAAUCUUCUUAAAGUGGAAGUAAGAGAUGAAUUUCUUAGCUUUAAGCAAUAUCCAGAUGAGCAUCUCUAUGCAGCUUGGGAGAGAUACAAGAUAUUAAUGAAGAAAUGCCCUAAUCAUAGGGUGUAUAAAUGGGUAGUGAUUCGGAUUUUCUAUAAUCCAUCUUCUAAGGCCAUAGUUGAUUCUAUCACAAAUAGGGGAUAUCAAAAUGUGCCUGUUAAUGAAGUUUUUUGCCUCUUAGAUCAAUUGUCUGCAAACAACACUCAAAACAUAGAUAGAAGGAAUACAUCAAUGGUGAUUAGUACUAAAGAUGAUUCUUCUUCCCAAAUUGUAGCCAUCUUGAAUACAAUGAACAAGCAUUUUGAUGUGUUAGGAUCUCAAAUGCAAAAGGAAAAUUCUCAUAAUGUGCAUGCUGUCCAAGCCAUUCCAACUAUGUGCAAUCAAUAUAAUGAUGUUCACAUGCUCGAUCAACGUCCUCUCUACAUGACCAUUGAAUCUGUCAAUUACAUGGGCAAGUUUCAAAAUCCUCACAACAACCCUUACUCUCAAACAUACAACUCAAGAUGGAGGAAUCCUCCUAACUUUUCAUGGAGUUAA